CGGGCGGGAGGCGGCGGGAAUGGCGUCCGUGGUGCUGAGCGAGGCCGAGAAGCUCUACAUCGUGCACGGCGUGCAGGAAGACCUUCGUGUAGAUGGUCGAGGCUGUGAAGACUACAGAUGUGCAGAAGUAGAAACAGAUGUUGUAUCAAACACAAGUGGAUCUGCAAGAGUAAAGCUGGGAGAAACUGAUAUCUUGGUCGGCAUAAAAGCUGAAAUGGGGACACCAAAGUUGGAGAAACCAGAUGAAGGUUACCUGGAAUUUUUUGUUGACUGUUCUUCAAAUUCUCCUGAGUUGGAAGGCCGGGGAGGAGAAGAACUUGGCACAGAUAUAGCAAAUACACUGUACAGAGUAUUCAGCUGUGAGAACAGUGUAGACUUGAAAUCCCUUUGUAUUAAUCCCAAAGAGCACUGCUGGGUUCUCUAUGUGGAUGUACUGUUAUUGGAAUGUGGUGGGAACAUCUUUGAUGCAAUCUCUAUCGCAGUGAAGGCAGCUCUCUUUAACACAAGAAUACCCAAAGUGCGUGUUCUGGAGGAUGAGGAAGGCACCAAAGAGAUUGAGCUGUCUGAUGACCCUUACGAUUGUAUUCGACUCCACGUAGAUGAGGUGCCCUGCAUUGUCACACUAAGCAAAAUUGGAUAUAGGCACGUGGUGGAUGCUACCCUUCAGGAAGAAGCUUGUUCUUUGGCAAGCCUGCUUCUUUCAGUGACCAGUAAAGGUGCCAUCACUUCUAUGAAGAAGGUGGGGAAAGGUAGCCUGGAUCCUGAGAGUAUUUUUGAAAUGAUGGAGACAGGACAAAGAGUAGGCAAGUCACUUCACAUAGCCCUUCAGAAGAUUCUGGAUGAAGAAGAGAAUUUGGGGACUUCACGACCAAAAGUUGGAUUUCUAGGAUGAGUUUUUAUUAAAUGUUCAAAACUG